UAAAAAUAUAUCCAGUGUAAUAUAUGUAUGUAAGUGAAAGAUCGUAAAGUUGAAUUUCUAUUGCUAUUGUUUCUGAACACUAUUACAAUAACGAGAAGGAAAUUUAAGUUAAGUAACUAGAAAUGGCCACGAGUUCUUCCCAAACCCUUGCUCUUCAGAGAAAUUCCAGUGAGCAGAAUCGAUUCAUGGAGAAAUUAAUGACGAAAAUAUUUAGCUUCUACGACGAGCAGUCUCUAAUCGAUGUGACAUUUAAAGUUUCAAACCCAACGGCUCUUGUACCCGCGCAUCGUUUGAUACUCGCAGCAGCGAGUCCUUACUUCGAGAACCUUUUCAAUGGCAAUCAAGGCACUAAUCCAAUCCUCGAGAUACAUGAUAUCGAUAGCGAUAUUUUUGAGCGUCUAAUAACCUUUUGUUACACCGGAGAGGUCUCCAUUACCGUUAACAAUGUCGCUGCCAUGAUAAAUGCGACAAUCGUUUUGCAAUUGGACGAUGCCAAAAACCGUAUUGUGGACUACCUCCUGACACAUAUCGAUGAAUACACCUUGCAGGCUGCUUAUGCGCUGGAACGUAAAACGAAAUGUGAAGUUCUUAAGCAGAAAAUCAUCGAAUACGAGACACAGAAUUUCAUGGAGAUCAGCCGAAGCGAUGACUUUUUGAAUUUUGAUGUAGAAAAAUUGCAACGUAUUCUGGUAUCUGACAAUUUGAACAUAACCCGUGAGGAAGAUGCCUUCGAUGCCAUACAACGCUGGUACAAUUACGAUGUUCCUGCGCGUCAAGAGCAACUGCCACUUUUAAUAGCUUGUCUCCGGCUUACCCAAUUCAAUGUGGACUUUCUGAUGACACACAUGCAGCCGUUACCUGGAUGUGAGCUGCUGGUCUUCAAGGCGUUAUCGUGGAUCGGAUUGCCUACAGCACGGCCAAAGAUAAAUAUGCGAUUUACAGAACCACGUUUGGUCAGUGCUACAAAUUGUGGUGAGAAAACAAUCCUAGCGAUUUUCUCGCAGCUGGAUCCCAAGCUGCUGCAAUAUAACAAAACUGAGGAUAAGUGGCAGGAAUAUGCGAGUAUAAAAAUCGAUUACAGAGAGUAUAGGAUUAUUUUAAAAGAUGGUAGUUUAUUAUUUAUUGGCGGUUAUAAAGGUGUUGCCACAUAUAACAUCGUCCGCAGCUGGAAUAUACGAAAUAAGACAUGGCAGAAUUUGUCCGCCAUGAACCAAGCAAGAAGGGCACACUGCGUUGUCGAAUUAAAUGGCAAAAUCUACGCGAUUGGUGGUUAUGAUGGUUAUAAUGUAUUGUCGUCGGUGGAAAGAUAUACGACUUCCGAUGGUUGGACGUUUGUGACCAGCUUAAUUGUUGGACGAUCUUACGCAGGUGCAGCAACAUUAAAUGGUAAAAUUUAUAUAAUGGGCGGUUAUGAUUUAAAAUCCGUCGAAUGCUACAAUCCGGAUUCGAAUACUUGGACUUCUUGCGCGGAUAUGACAAAAUCUCACGUUUUACCUGGUGUAGCUGCACAUAAAGGUCACAUUUAUGUUUUAAGCCUUAACGGUGCUGAUCGUUAUGAUCCUCAGCUAGACACGUGGUCACAGAUUUUCUCUUUGGAAGUUGGUCCUGGUUUGAUGGCUUGCGUAUCACUAGACAAUAAACUAUGGGCUAUUGGUGGCAAGUCUAAAUCUGCAGGCAAAUCAUGUGUAUCAGUUUUUGAUGAAGAAAAUUUCUGUUGGGUAGAAAGGUGCUCAUUACCCGAAAGUGAUGUGUAUAACUGUUUUUUUGUGCCUGAAUCCUUGCUGUCGUGGAUGUAAAUACAUAAUUUAAUUAUU